ACUCGCUGUCACGUGGGCAAAAGCAGCAGCACGAGAACAGCAAACCACUCACCAUGGAGGCUCCGUUCGAGCGCAUCAUCACACCAGCCGAGAGGCUGAAGAUGAAGGAGAAAAUGCAGAUUGAUUUGAGGGACAUCACGCGUGCACAUGUGGAGUCCUUCAACGAGUUUAUCAGCCACAACCUCCCGCUUGCGGUGGAGGACUUGGAGCCCGUCAUGUUCGAUGUGAACGACCAGACGGUCACCACGCGCAUCGUGGGCUGCUCGAUUGGCGCCCCAAGCCUCAACAGCAGAGUCGUUUCUGCACAAACAGACAUCACCCCGGCAGAGUGCCGCCAGUGCCACGUCUCCUACAAGGGCAACAUUACUCUCGAAAUCGAAAUCAACGUCAACGGGCACGUGACGACCGUGCCGCGGUACGUUGGCCAGGCGCCCAUCAUGGUCAUGUCUGACAAGUGCAUUCUGUCCAAGCUCACCACAGCCCAGAAGAUUGCAAAGCAAGAAGAAGCAAGGGAGUUCGGUGGUUACUUUAUCAUCAACGGUAACGAAAAGGUCAUCCGCAUGCUCAUGAUGGCACGGCGCAACCACCCGAUGGCACUGAUCCGGCCCUCGUUUAUGAACCGCGGAUUCAAGUACACGGAGUACGGUGUGCAGAUCAGAUGCGUGCGCCCCGACGAGACGUCACAGCGGCUUGUGCUGCAUCUGAUUGAGGGCGGGCGGUGCACGCUCGGAUUCUCCAUCCGCAAGCGCCAGUACCUCAUCCCAGCCAUCCUCCUGCUCAGGGCGUUGAAGGACGUGACGGAACGCGACAUCUACGAGGCGAUUGUGGAGUCGGACCCAACGGACUCAACGCUGAAGGAGCACGUCAAGGCCAUGCUCAACGCUGCGCCGGACAACACGUACAGCCAGCACACGAGCCUGGAGUACCUUGGGGCAAUGUUCCGCAUUGAGCUGGGUAUGCACCCGUCCAUCAGCAACAUUGAGGCCGCUCGCCACCUCCUCAAGCAGUACAUCUUUGUCCACAUUCCCCAGCACGACUACACGGCGAAGUACGACCUGCUGAUUGCGAUGAUCCGGCGACUGUAUGCGCUCAAGUCUGGUCGCGUGCGCGCCGACAACCCCGACUCUCCCAUGAACCAGGAGGUUCUCCAGGCAGGCCAGAUCUACGGCGCUCUGCUCAAGGAGCAAAUGCAGGAGUAUCUGCUUGCGAUGAAGCGGUUUAUCACAAUGCAGGUGAACAUGGGCCGCGAGGUGGACGUCGGCGACCAGUCGUACUUCAGAAACAGGGUGUUCCCGACAAUGCCCGACAUAGGCAAGGCGCUCGACUACUUCCUCGCCACGGGCAACUUGAAGUCCACGACGGGCCUCGACCAGAUGCAGGCGGCCGGCUUUGCGAUUGUUGCCGACAAGCUCAACAUUCUCCGCUACAUGUCGCACUUUCGCUGCGUGCAUCGUGGUGCAUACUUUGCUGAGAUGAAGACCACGGCCGUUCGCAAACUCCUCCCAGAGGCCUGGGGCUUCAUCUGCCCCGUGCACACCCCCGAUGGCGCGCCCUGUGGUCUCCUUAACCAUCUCACCCGCCACUGCACCCCGCAGAGCAAGGCCGUCAGCCCAGCGGUCAUCAAGCAAUUGCGGCAAGUGGUGCACUCGCUCGGGGUGCAGGAGGUUGGCAUGCAUCGCAUCGAACCGCCCGUGCUCGACGUGUUCCUCGACGGCGUUGUUGUCGGUGUGGCCAAUGUCAAGACGAUUGAGGCUGUCGCCCUCAAGCUGCGCGAGUACAAGGUGCUUGGCCUGCACAAUGUUCCGGAGGUGCUGGAGAUUGCAUUCAUCCCGCCUGCGGAGGGCGGCGUCUACCCAGGCCUGUAUCUGUUUACGACACCGACACGCAUGCUACGGCCUGUGCUGCACCUUGGCACGAACAAGCGGGAGCUCAUCAGCUCGCUGGAGCAGGUGUACCUCGACAUUGGCGUCGACAUUGCAGAGUGCCACCGCAACCACGAGAAGUUUGGCAUCAACUACACGCACAUGGAGAUUAGCAAGCACGGCAUGCUCAGCGUCGUGUCAAGCUUCACCCCAUUCUCGGACUUCAACCAGAGUCCGCGUAACAUGUACCAGUGCCAGAUGGGUAAGCAGACCAUGGGCAUUCCCUCACAGGCCAUCCCGUACCGCGCGGACAACAAACUCUACGUCCUCAACAGCGGGCAGACGCCUGUUGUGCAUCCGCGCGCGUACAACGAGUACAACCUCGACGACUACCCUCUCGGCAACAACGCCGUCGUCUGCGUCAUUGCUUACACCGGCUACGAUAUGGAAGAUGCAAUGAUCAUCAACAAGGGCUCCAUCGACCGCGGAUUCAUGCACGCGCGCGUCCUCAAGACGGAGAUUGUUGAUCUCGUCGACCGCAGCGGCGUCUCAAAAGCCUUUGGCCUGCUGCCACGGCACCGUGCGGAGAACAGUGACUUUCUUGACGACGAUGGCCUUCCACGCGUUGGCAUCAUGGUUGAGAAGGGUGAUCCGUUUUAUGCUGUCGUCGACGAGGAGCAGUCGAACCACAUCCACAGAUACAAGGGCGAGCCAGCGCGCAUCGAGAGCGUGCGCCUGCUGCUUGCGUCGGACACGUCCACGAAGCGCGAGGUGCAACGUAUCGCCAUCACGGUGUCUGUGAACCGAAACCCGAUUAUUGGCGACAAGUUUGCCUCCAGGCACGGUCAGAAGGGCAUUCUCUCCCAGAUGCUGCCGUCCGAGGACAUGCCAUUCACGGAGUCUGGCAUCACUCCCGACAUCAUCUUCAACCCGCACGGUUUCCCCUCGCGUAUGACCAUUGGCAUGCUCAUUGAGAGCAUGGCGGGCAAGGCCGGCUGUCUCCACGAGCGCUUCUACGACUCAACCCCGUUCCAGUUUGACGAGGACGACACGGCUGUUGAGUUCUUUGGGGAGGAGCUGCGCAAGGCCGGAUACAACUACUUUGGGCACGAGCGCAUGUACUCGGGCAUCACCGGCGAGGAGCUGGAGGUCGACGUCUUCAUCGGCAAUGUGUUCUACCAGAGGCUGCGUCACAUGGUCUCUGACAAGUACCAGGUGCGCGCGACAGGCCCCGUUGACUCACGCACGCGCCAGCCCAUCAAGGGCCGCAAGCGCCACGGUGGUGUCCGCUUUGGUGAAAUGGAACGCGAUGCACUCAUUGCGCACGGAACCGCGUUCCUCCUCCAAGACAGGCUCCUUCGCUGCUCAGACGACAGCGAGGCGACUGUGUGCAAGUCGUGUGGCGGCGUGCUGUCCACAACCUCCAUUGCCCAGUCGGCAGCAUCUCGCAUUCGCAAGGACGUGUGCUUGAGCUGCAAGGACAGCAAGGUCGUCAAGGUGCGCCUGCCGUACGUCUUCCGCUACCUUGGCGCCGAGCUUGCAGGCAUGAACAUCAACAUGAGUCUGGAUGUGUCGGAGAUCUGAAGCUGACUCUAGAGCACCGUGUUGUUGGCACGAUACAAGUGUGUAUGUGUGUGUGUGUGUGUGUGUGUGUGUGCAGUAUUGAUUCGUUUUGGUUUUGUUGUGCGGGACAGCCCAAUCAAAGAAGAAGUAAACAAGCAAGCAAGCAAGAGCACAC